GGGCCCCGCGAGCACCCGCAAGCAGCCGCUGCGCAGCCUCCAGCGCCGCUGCCGGGAGCAGGAGCGGGGAGCGCAGGCGCUGGCUGAGAGAGUGCAGAGAAGAGAGGGAGCGCAUUAUUGAGGAAGAAAAAGCUCGGUAGAACACCCAUGCCAACUUUUGUGAAAAUUGAUGCUCGGAGAUCUACAAGUGAAUCUGGUUCCCCAACAGCUAUGUUUUGGAUGCUCUCCAUGAAGGACAGAGUUCUUCAAAACGUUCCUCUGGCAGAUGAUAAGAGCACAUCAUCUGUUGGGCUGCUUCAAGAGAAGGAAGUAAACAGCCAGAGGAUAGGCAAGCAUCUGCUCAGCUGAAGAGGAAAGAUUCAAAGGACACCAGUGUGGUUGGGUAUUUUCAAAAGAACACCAGCCUCGGUGAUUUAAGGCAGUCCCCCUGCCACAGCAAGGAAACUGGACAAGCUGGUCAGUGAGAUCCGAGGGAAUCCAAUGUAGCAUUCCUGAACGUGAUCGAAAGAUCGCUGCUUUAAUGCUGGUUAAACAUCAGGAAGAACAGGAGAGGCUGGAGCAGAGUCUCAAAGCUCAGCAGUUCUGGGACAAACUGAAGCGAGCAGAAAGACUAGCACAAAUGAAGAAGGAGACUGAAAGGCAGAAAGGCUUAAUCAAAAGUAUUGGCAGGUGGAAGAAGGAGCGAGAAAUGAGACAGUCCAAGAUAGAGCAGGAAGUAAACCAGAUGGCCGAGCUCCGCGAGAAGGAUGUGAUUUUGAAAGAAAACAAGUGGAGAAUGCUCGCUGAGAAACAGAAAAUAAAGAAAAAGGAAAAACUAGAUCAAGCAAAAUGUGAGGCCGAAAUGCGUAAAUCACAACAGAACCAAUUGUGGAAAGAAGCAGAAGCCAUCAAGCAGGAUAGCAAGGAGCAGAAAGUACAGGCGUCACAGGCAAAGCUGUCAAAUGCCGCCCAGAAACGGCUUCUGCAAGAAAUGAGCAACCAGAACCGGAUCAAGAUGGAGAACGAGCAUGAGAGGCUGAAGCACAUGAUCCUGAAGAAUGAGAUCGACAACCUGACCAAAACCGAGGAGCUGAUGGUGAGGAUGUCACUGGAGCGGAAGUUUUUAAAAUUUAAGGAAAACCACAGACACCUGGUGGAAGAAAGAAAGAGAAUGCUGAAAGAAAAGGCAAUUCGGGAAGAGAACCAGAUCCUCCAAGCCAAGCUGAAGGCCGAAAAACUAGAGCAGGAGCAGAGAGAACGCAAGGAAGCGUUGGCUGAAAUCUCUGACCUUAAAAUUGAACAAGCCCAGAAAACUUUGUUGAAGAGCGUCCAGAAUAAAGUCCUGCAGACCCAGAAGAGCAGGUCAGAAAAGGAGAAGAUCCACCAGCAGAUCAAAAAAAGAGUUGAGGAGGAGGAGGACUUGUACCGGCAGGCAAUGAAAGCAACUAUUGAGAAGAAAGACAAGAGGACUGAAGAAAUUUUGAAGGUGAAGGAAGCAACUAUCGAGGAAUCCCGUCAAGCAGCCAGAGCGGCCUUCCAAAUGAGGGAGCGAGUGAGAGAGCAUAUCAACAGCCGCUCCUUCGAUCAGAUGGCUAUGGAAGCUGAGCUGUGGGCCAGCUUGGUGAAAAAGAUAGCAUAUUAAUAUCAGAAAAUAAGUAAGAAGUUCCUUCUUAGUUAUACCCCUGUGUAAAGGGAACAUUUUUGGGCUUUGAAUUGCGAAGAACAAUUUUUUUUACAUUAGUCAAGGCAUAAACAUGGACACUUGUACUUCAGUGAAUUGUAGGCCAUGGGGUAAUCAGUUUUCUCAUGGAGGUUAAAUAUUCUGGGGGUCCGUUGCAAGACACAUUCUGAUAUGUGGCAAGAUUAUAGUUAAGUAAAAAUUCCAAAGCAUUUUCAUGACCAUGUUUGCACAUGAGUGUUGUGAAGCUGUAGAAAAUAUUGGUCCUAUUGUCAGCUGGAAGGAUGUGCUUGUUAAAUGUUUUACUUGAGAAUGAUUUGAUACCACGCCCACAGAGCAAGUCCUUGUGUUGCUUUUCAGGAAAGAGAAUCUGUGAAAACUGUGAACUUUGAGCUAUCCAUAACAGCUGUCAUUUUCAUGCUCUUUAAACUAUUUUUAUGUACUGGUGGAUCUCCUGUGACAUUGCUCACAUCAAAGGAUGUGCCCUAGGACAGAUUGCGUGCCAGGUGACAUCUCCUUGCUUCUGUGUCUCUGGAGCAACCUCCCUUUUGCCAUUCCAACCCCCUCUUCACCCCCCCCCCACCAAUGCUCAAUUGCUUCCUCAUCUGCUGAUACUUUUCCUGUGCAAAGCUCUGGUCAAUGGCACAACACACAGUCUGUUGGAGAGACCCAGUGGGUCAAGCAGCAUCUGCGCAGGGAAAGGAACUGUCGACAUUUCGGGUCGAGAC